AUGUCAAAAUUCUUUGGUGCCAGUCUUUUUAAAAAAACUACCUCUUCCAAUGGUGACAAUCAAGUUCAAAAGAGUGCUGCCAAUCGUGCAAGUCCUAAAACGUUGGGACCGACUUCUACAGUGAUGUGGGACACUAUCUGCGACUUGAAUAGCUCAAGUGAUCUUGAUGAAUCAGCGGAUUUCUUCUAUUCUCGUUCGAACCUCUUUUCACCAAGUUCGAAUAAACCGAGUUCCAACUUCUCGGUUCCA